AUUUCGUGAGAAACAAAAGUGAAAGCACCGCCCGGGCGGAGACAGACAGACAGACAGACGAGACGAGACGGGGCGAGACGGGGCGGCCAUGGCCGACGCGUUUUCUUAUCCGCUGCUCGUCGAGCUCGAAGAAAACAACAUCCCGAAAUUGAGACUGAAAUUGGUGAAAUACUUUCAGGGCACGAAAUCCAACGGGGGAGACUGCGUGGUCGCCCACGAGAAUGGCAGCAGGGCCGCGCUGCUGCGCUUCCGCACCGAGGAGGACCAGAGAAAUGUUUUGGCGAAAGAGUCGCACCAGAUCACUUUGGAGACAGGCGUCCUGAGGAUGACAGUUCGCUUGCCUCCGGAGGAGAGAGCUGCUAAGGAAGGUCCACCUGACAAAAUCAACAAGAAAUCUGAAGGUCAGACGGACGCAAGAGGCACAGACGAUAAUGCAGCAGAUGAAGAGCUGUGCUCCACCUCGGCUGUUUUAGGAAAUAUCCCUGAGAAAUUAUCCCUGGAGUUUUUGGAGAUGCUGGUGGAGAGGGUUUCAGUGGAUCCUGAAUCUCCAUCCGCCUCCCAAAGUUUCAAGUUGGAAGUAAUUCCUGACAUCUCCUCUGCUGUAGUCACUUUCCAGAGCAGAAAAGAAAUCACAGACUUUGUGACAAGAUGCCCUCAAAUCAGGAUAUUCACAAGUAAGGGGUUGUCCAUCCGGCAUCUUGAAGUCACAAAGCAAGUUGCCGUGGAAAACAUCCAAAACUUAAGUGAAGCUCUCCUCUGCCUGUAUUUUGAGCAUGAAGGUGUGGUUGUGGAAAAUGUUGUGCUUAAGGAAGUGGAACAGUCUGCCAUCAUCACCUUUAAAUCAAAUAAAGCUGUUCAGAAAAUCAUGAAGAAGAAGCAUCACAUCAAUCAGGAACAGAUCAAAGUUUAUCCUUACUACGAAUCUUUAGGAACAGCCCUCUAUGGCAAAGACAGGCCUGACCUACAACUCCCUGCUAAAAUCUCUGUACCCAUUGACAAUGCUGUCUGGAGAUACCUCAACGAAAAUCAAUCAGCAGCAGACACCAUUCAUAGUGACUUAGCUAAACACUUCUGUAAUGUAAACCUCAACCAAUCUGCUGUGUGCUUGAGCCCUGUAUCUUCACUACUUCGGGAAAAGGGUGCCAAAGCCAUUAUCACAGAGUGGAGUGGUACUGUGAAGUCAGCCUUUGCACAAGCUCUGUCAAAAUUCAAAUCCUUGAAUUUUCAACCAAUGUCAGAGGUAUGGGAGGAGUCUGAGGAGAACCUCAGAAGAGGGCUACCGAUUAAGGAUGUGGUUUUAGUGCCUGAUAAAGCCAGUGGUGUCUUGUCAGUGGUUGGUUUUGUGGAUGAUGUAAACAGAAUUGAGGAAAGUCUCACUGAAGUCAUCAACAAAAUUGUCAAAAGGGUGCACAGGCAGAACUCAAGCAUAACCCAAGUGAUCAAGAUGUCCCCGUCAAUAUUCCACCUCCUCUGUGAAGAUGGUCUUAAGGACAAGUUGCUCCAUGUGUACCCAGAACUCAGUAUGUCAUUCAAUAAAGACAGUCCAGGUUUGAGUGUUACUGGUGUAAGCGAGGAGCUUUUGGCGGCAAACAAAGUUAUAUGUGAAGCAAUAUAUGGAUUUAAGCGAGUGAAUUUAGAAAUAAAUAAAUUCUUGCUUGACGUCUUGAAGGUUGAAGAGCAAGAGGAGCUUACAAACACUCUCCUGACAUCUCAUGGAAUAAACGCAGCUUUAGAGAUCAAUGCACAGAGGGUGGAGCUCCUUGCUUUUUCCAACGGAGAUCUGACUAAAGCUGAAGACCAUCUGAAAAAGCUGCUAACGUCUAACUACAUUGAUGUUGAAGAUCAUAAUGUCCUGGGGAAGCCAGACUGGCAGCAUCUUGUCAGUCAAGUAGAGGAUGAUAACAGCAAGUCAUGCAGGAGACUCCGGAUCCACACCAAUGGUCAACAAGUUGUGGUGUCUGGCCACAAGGAUGAUGUUGUGAAAGUUAGCAGUGAGCUUGAAGACUUCUUAAAGCAGAAUGCCCAAGUUGAUGAAACUCUGGUGGUCAAGCCCAACGCCAUAGUUGAGUACAUUCAAAAACUCAACAGUUCUUGUUUGGAGAGAGUGAAAGACAAAGUGGGGGUGUCCUACAGAAAGGAGACCAUCUGUCUUAACGGUUCUAGAGUUGAUGUCGCACAUUGCAAGACCUUGGUUGAAGACUUGAUCCAGUCUGUCUUCUUUGAAAGUUUCAAAGUCUACAAGCCUGGAGUGAAGAAGUUCUUCCGGGACAAAGAAACUAUGUACGUUUCCUCGCUGUUGAGUGAAACUGGCUGCUCGGUCCAACUAGUUGAUGAGACUAGUUAUGGGCAGGAUCAUUUGGCCCACAGACAAGGACCAAAGCCUGUAUAUCAGCUUCAGACUCCUGAUGGAGUGGAAAUAGCUGUUUGCAAGGCAGAUAUGUGCAGUUACCAAGUGCAUGCAGUUGUCAAUUCUUCUAAUAAGCACCUGAAACAUAAUGGAGGUCUCGCAAGAGCACUAUUGAAUGCCGCUGGUGCUCAGUUGCAGGUUGACUGUGACCAAAUAAUUAAGUUUAAGGGGAAUCUCAAGCCUGGAGACUGUGUCAUCACCGAUGCGGGGGGGCAGCUUUGUUGCAAAAAAGUCAUCCAUGCAGUGGGACCCAAGUAUGAUACAAGUACACCCCAGAAGUCUUUGGCACAGUUGAAAAAAGCUGUUAAAGGGAGCUUAGAACUUGCUGAACAGCACAAGUGUGUCACCGUGGCUCUGCCCACCAUCAGCAGCAGCAAAGGCUUUCCUCUCGAUUUGUGUUCAAAAACCAUAAUCCAAGCAGUAAAGGAACACUGUGAUGAGAGGUAUGGCGACAACACCCUGAAGAAUAUCCACUUGGUGAACAAUGAUGACACUGUUGUUCAGGCUAUGGAGAAAGCUGUCAGACACGAGUUUGGAAAUUAUGUUGCGAGUCAUUCUUCAAGUCUUGGUCCCGAGUCUCCACUUGUGAAACAUGCUCCAUCUGCUGUUUCUGACCCAAACUGCUUGGGUCAUGGGAAGACCAAAGAAGACUUGGAUAUCUUUCUCACUAAAGGGAAUAUAGAGGAUGCCACGACGGACGUGACGGUGAACACUGUGUUUGAAGAUCUCGCACUGAACAAAGGGGCAGUUUCAAAUGCCAUAUUGAGGGUGGCUGGACCUCAACUUCAGCAGUUGGUAAAUGCACAGAAGACCAGCGCAAAUGUUGGUGAGAUCAUCGUGACGGAUGGCUGCAAGAUGAAGAGCAAACAAGUCUUUCAUGCAGUUUUACUUCCAUGGGACAAAGGACAAGGCAAAGCUGAGAAGGUCUUGAGUGGCAUUUUCAAGGAUUGCUUGGACAAGGCAGAGGAUACUGGCCUGACCUCCAUAUCCUUACCCGCCAUGGGCACUGGAAACCUGGGCUUCCCAAGAGACCUUGUUGCCAAUUUGAUGCUGAAAGAAAUCUCAGCAUUUAGCAUCGAGAAACAACCCAAGCACCUGAAAAAGGUUGAUAUCGUCCUUUAUUCAGGAGAUGCACAGACUAUCCAGGUUUUUAGUGAUGAAUUCGAGAAGGGGUUCCCCGAUGCAUCAGGUGGUGCUGCGUCCUCGAGUUUACCGCAAAAUACAGGUCCCUUUUCUAAAGUUGUCUCGGGCUUGGGCAAGCAUGAGACCAAGAUGGGAAGUGUGACUAUACAGGUGGUUACCGGAGACAUUACCAAGGAGACCAGUGAGGUCAUUGUCAACUCUUCCAAUGAGGAUUUUUCCCUCAAGUCAGGAGUAUCCAAGGCUAUUCUGGAUGCAGCUGGUCAGAGUGUUGAAGCAGAAUGCCAAAGGCUUGGUGCCCAGCCCAACCCCGGCAUGAUAACGACCCAGCCGGGUAACCUCAAGUGUAAGAAGAUCGUCCACCUGGCCGGGCAGACGGACCCAGUAAAAAUAAGGAAGUCUGUGAAAGAUGCACUCCAAUUGUGUGUGAAAAACUCACACACUUCUGUGUCAUUACCUGCCAUUGGCACAGGUCAAGGCAAUGUGCAGGCAAGACAGGUGGCAGAUGCCAUGUUUGACGCAGUGACUGAUGUGUUGAGCCAAAACACUAUCAGCCACCUGAAGACGAUUCGGAUAGUUAUUUUCCAACCGCCGAUGCUGAAAGAGUUCUACAACAGCAUGCAUCAAAGAGAACAAAGCAAUGUCCCUAAACCCAAUAAUAAAGGCUGGUUUUGGGGAACCAUCGGUAGCCUCAAAUCUCUCAUUGGCAGUCGAGGUGCUGUCAAUCCACAGAAAGGUGGAGAUUUUCUCAUUAAGGCCGUGGAAGGCAGCCCGGCUUGCUUCCACAUCUGCGGUGACUCGCAGCCCAAUGUAGCCGCAGCCAAGCAGUGGAUCAACAACCUGAUAACCAAAGAUCAAAAAACCAACCAGAUUUCAGACCCUGCCAUCCAUAACCUCUCCGUUGCAGACCACCAGCGCAUUGUUGACAUCCAGAAGACCAUGGGCGUGAGCAUCAGGAUCGAAAGCAAGAACGCCCAGGCCUCAUUGACCACCGAGGGAUUCAGCAAGGACGUACUCGAUGCCACCAAUGAGAUCCACGGAAUGCUGAAAAGGGUGAGGGAUGAGGAGGACCUGAAGAAAAGCAUGGAGCUGGCGGGCACAGUGGCAGACUGGCAGUACCAAAAUCCAGGGCUCCGGUUUCAGAGUUUCGAUCCGAUGAUCAACUACCAGCUUGAGCAAGCAUUGGACUCGAAGCUGCCAAAUGUAAAAGUCACACUCCAGGGUCACGUCUACACUGUCACCAUGCCAAGUGGACCGGCCACGGACAGCAAGGGAGGUACUCUGCAGAUAAAGAGAAUCGACAAACUGACAGAUGCAGACGUACCCGUGCACUGGGAUCCUAUGCCGGCAAAAACUUCGUGUCAGGCCGUCACCCUCAAGCCUGGAGCAGCAGAGCACACCGAAAUCCUGAAUCUGUUCCAGGCCUCGUGCAAUCGACCGGUCAUUAAGAUCGAGAGGAUCCAGAACCCCCUGUUGUGGAAGAGCCUGCAGAUCAAGAAGCGUGACAUGGAGCAGAGGAACGGUCACCAAAACAACUUGAGGCGUCUGUUCCACGGCACCUGCCACACCACUGUGAACAUGAUCAACGAACUCGGCUUCAACAGGAGUUACGCGGGAAAGAACGCUGCUGUCCAUGGCAACGGCACAUACUUUGCUGUCAAUGCCAACUACUCUGCCAGCGACACAUACUCCAAGCCGAAUGGAAAUGGGGAGAAGUUCAUGUACCUCUGCCAGGUGCUGACUGGGGAUUUCACUAAGGGGCAACAGAACAUGAUUGCGCCGCCGGCCAAGGGCAACGUGUCCGUUCAGAAGUACGACAGUGUCGUGGACAAUAAGGACAAUCCCAGCAUGUUCAUUAUCUUCCACGACAGCCAGGCCUGUCCCGAGUAUCUGAUCACAUUCAAGUAACACUGUGAUGUACUGACACAACAUGAACGAAUGCCUUAACAUUUUAUUUUUUCCUCCGAAAAUAGUCUGUUUUUACAAUCAGUUGUACAAUCAAUUUCGUUUUUUCCCUAACUGCUUGUGGGAUUUAGUAUCAACAGUUUAUUUUUCCUGAUUUACAAGUUGUCAAUAUCAUGCAUAAGGGUUGGGUAAUCAGAACCAUAUAGUGCCUUUUUUGCUUGUAUAUUGUGCACUGUAAAAUUUUUGCUCUCCUGCAGGUACUCACAGGUAAAUCACUUUAGCAACCACUUUUGGUUUUGAAAGGAAAAUUGAAAGAUAACUGCCGUUCGAAUAAACACGCAAAUAGAAUUUGAAGCAUCUUUACUGUACAUUAAGUUAAAAGUCAAACUCUACAGUGUUGUCCAUUUUUGUCUAUUAGAGCAGUAUACAUAGGCAACUGAGGAGUUUUCAAACAAAUGUCAGUUUAAAUUUGUUGUCCAGUUCCUGAAAUAUAGAAAAGUUAGUAAAUAUGUAAAAUCCUUCCUGUCGCAAAUUAUCAGCAGUUUCCACAUUGAUGCAUGAUGAGAAACAAAUGCACCCCAAACAGACAGCAGAGCAAUAAAAGAGCUGAUAUCUUUCACUGCAUCAAUGCAUUUCAUUACAUUUAUGCUCAAGCAUAAACACAAUUCUUCAAUCCCGAGCAGAAUCCCAAUAUUUUGUGUUAAUGUAGGAUAAGUCAUUUGCAGAAUUCUUCACAAGCACAAAGUUUGCCUCCUUCUAUAUGUUACAUUAUAUGUUUCCAAACCUUUUCAAUAAAAGAUUGAGUCUCAUUAAAAUAAGAAUCUCUGCUUAACACUCUGGCUCCAUCUGCAUGAUGUCCUGAAGAUAGAGCCAGAGAGUGCAUGACAUUCCCUAUUAGUUAUUAUUAUAAUCAGUAUCAUAAUCCCUCAGACGCUCCUGUCAGGACAUGUGCCAGAAGGACAAGAGUGAAAUCAAUCAUUUAUCAGACUCUCCGACAAGAAAACCUGUGUUUGCUGCGAAGAGAGCACGUGGCCACAUGGAUUUUCUUAAUUUCAAAUCUCAACAUGAUUACUCACUAUGAUCUCAAUCAAAUGCAUGUAUAACAUCUGUUCGUUUGUCAAUAACGUUUUUCGAGAAAUAAAAAAUAUACAUAGCAAAGA